GGCAGAGCUGUCACGAUGCCUUGCCGAUAAAGACACCCUGGUCAUUUCUGAUUUUCACCUGCCAACUUGCAUUGUUGGAGUGGUGGCAGCCGGGGGCGACUUAGUUGGUUUUCCAACUCCCAAAAACAAAAGAAGAAGAUGGAGAAAAGGUUUGGCCAGCAGCUUGUUAUUCCAAACAUCUAAGCUGUGGCUGCAAGUCUGGAGUUGAAAACACAGCGGACAGAACAAUGGCCGCGACAGAUUUACAGCAGGAGAACUUCACCAUGAAGCUGCUGCUGAUCCUGGCCGCCUCUGACAUCUUGUGCCUCAUCAGUCUGCCAAUGUGGAUCUAUGAACUUUUUUACGGUUGGAGUUUUGGUGAGACAAGCUGCAAACUGAUGAUGUACAUGGUCUUCUGCAGCUUGUAUGGCAGUUUACUAAUGGUCACCCUGAUGAGUGUGCAGCGCUACGUACAGGUUCUGUACUCCCAGUACUGGGUGAGACUGCGUGGGACUGGGGAGAAGGUGCUGCUGGUGAUUGUGUGGGUGGUGGCCUGUGUCUUCGCCUCAUAUUCGAUUGUUCUGGGGAAGGUAUUGAUGGAUGACCAAAUUCCCCAGUGCAAAACCAACUACAGCUCAGAUGGGCAGAGAUUGGCUGUAUUGCUCUCUCAGACAUUGCUGGGCUUUGUGAUUCCUUUUUCUGUCAUGGUCACAUCUUACUGCUGCCUUCACAGAAAAGUGAAGCAAAGAACCUUCUUCAUUAACCAGAGGAUGAAAAGACUGGUUAUCAGCAUUGUAGUAACCUUCUUCAUAUUCUGGAUUCCAGUACAUGUUGCCAAUGUGGCAGAAAUAUUUUCUAUCUUGCUAAAAUCAUCCCACCCGGCUGCAUCAACCAAACUGGAGAAGUUUUGCAGUUUCAGUGAAAACAUUGUAGGAUCUCUCAGCUUCAUUAAUAGCUGCAUAAACCCAUUCCUGUAUGCCUUUGCCUCACGAAACCGUCGUCAGGAUGCAACUCCAUCCAGGAACAUGCAGGAUGUCUCCACUAGCAACCUCUGAUUCAUCUGACUUCACCCUAUUCAUCUUUUCUUAUUUGGUGUCAGAAAUUUCUGAUUAUGUUUUAGCCUGAGACUUUAUUUGUGAUCGUUAAUGUCACAUUUAAAUAAUGAGUUUGUAAAAGUUGAGUGACAUCCCUGUGUCUCACUUGUGCUUUUGUGCUGGUUCAUUUUAAUUGCAACAGGUGUCAUUAUCUUGAGCUUAGAAAAUACUUAUUUCUACAGGAACUUUGAGGCUACCCACUAAGCCCCUAUGCUUACAUAAAAUUCAUAACAAGGGUUAAGUAAUUCAGAGGUGUCUUCACGCCAGGAGCCAUGAUAGAAUAUGUUAGCAGUGAAGCCUUCCUCCCCUCAGAGGCUUUGUACUGACUGGGUCAGCUCUCUCAGCCUCAGUGGUUGGCUGUGAUCUUGUAUUGGUUACCAGUGACAGAAAUCAUACCACAAUCAUAGUGAAGGUGCACUAUGUUGAGAUUUCUAUUUUUCAUGCUUUACAUUUUGUGACACUGCAUGGAAAUAAAAAUUUGUUUGAGCAAUAGUGUAAUUUCUCACUUGUGACGUUCACUGUGUCACAAGUUCCUGAGAGCUUCCACUUCAGGAAAUAUCUUUUGCAACCUGAGGCUGUAAAUAUAAGAAAAUGUUGAGACGAAAAGUUUAUGUUAACAACUGGUGGAGGUGCGACAAGAUUCCAUCAGGGAUAAGAUCACUGUAUAAAAUGCAGAGUAACAAGGAGCAUGUAAAUAAUGAAAACACAAGCUAUUGUGGUAUAUGAUUCCACAUGAGUCCAUGACCAUGAGAGAGUCCAUGUCCUGUUUGUUGAUGCUACAUCACCUGAACUGAUCAUAAAAAAUAAAGUAUGAAGCUGCCUGG